UAGAAAAAUCGCUUCAUAAUUCUUCUUACCCCUCCCCUACCUAGGAACGCAGGAGCUUUGUCAGCUAGAGAAAUAAUUUAGAGACAGGCAUGAUAUCACAGACGUAUGCAACCAUGGAGGUGAGACGGUUCUUCCUGAUUGCCUUUAUGAUGGCGUGCCGAAUCAGUGAAUCGACAUCAGCUUUGUCAGCAUCAUCGUCGUCGUCGUCCUCAUCAGCAGCAGCAUCGGGAUCAGGGUCGUCAUCAGGGUCGGCUGAAGUGUUUGGCGCAUACGGCUGUCCUACCCCUUUGGAUUGGGAACCCAUCGGUGAGCAGUGUCUACUGAUCGUUUGGACACCAAAGACUUGGCAAGAUGCGCUCGAUAUGUGUGAGGACAAAGGAGGCGCCCUAUUCUUUCCGGAAUCGGCCGAAUCAAUGACCUUCGUCAGAAAAUCGAUCUCGACGUCUACUUGCCAAGGGUUCUGGUUGGGCUGUAUCGAUCGCUCUAGCACCGCCACCGGUCAGUUCGAGUGCCCAAACCAAGAUGGCGUUUACUGGAACAGCGAAACAGAUUUCUCUGGAUAUUGGGACUGGACUAGCGGUAACCCAGAUCCAUCUGUUCGAGGUCCUGGUGACUAUUGCACCCUGACGCUAGGCAUGGGCCCAGGGGAAUACUGGAUAGAGUACCCCUGUACGUAUGGAGAUGUAUGCCCUGCGUGUUCGCGCAAACGGCAGCUCCCGAUCACUACAGCGCCAUCACCGUCAAUGGUGUCUGAUCCGGGCAGCACGAUCACUCUUGCCUCUCAGAGCCGACAUCGCAGUAUGAUCUACAGGGCAACUGCCUCCGAACUCGGAUGUCUCACCAAAAGUUAUGUGAUCGUGAUUGUAACCGUGCCUACGCGCAUCCGAUGCGCUGCACUGUGCCUCGCGCAUGGGGAAUGCGUAUCUUUCAAUUUCUUCAAAAGAGAGACGAAGAAUUGCCAUCUCAGCUCGGUCAGCAUUGGUUCUGUUCCAGAUGAUGGGGUGAAUUACAGCACGUCUUGCACCCAUUAUGAAUGAAGUUCAAAAAAAUAAACAAUUUAUCACCACUCAUUACUUGUUGUAAUUCAGGCUACAUUCGUUUACGUCUUUUUGUCGAAAGUUAUCCAGAAUUUGUCAUUUGAGUACUGUUCGAUAUGAAAUUCGGUAUAAUUCACAAAUAAGAAAAUCUCACAAACUCUCUUCACGUCAAACAUGGAUAUACCUAAUUAAAAUAUUUUCUAAGUUCAAGCGAUCCGUAAUUAGGAAGACUGAAAGGAGACUAUUAUUGAUUCAGUCUUUAAGAAGAAGAAAAAAUAUGUCAUAAUGUCAUUUUUUUUAACGACCGUUUUUAUGACUUGCCAUGACCUAACAGAUUCAGUCUGGUUCGCAUACAGUCAGCAAUUCCUAGAGCUACGCCUACGGGUGUGUAUGAGGGUUGAAUGAGGUUAUGGGUGUGUCGAGGUGGAAAUGGAUUCGGGUAUA